UAACCCCGUCAUUGCACUUGCCGAGACUAGCUUAAACUUUUUAUUUAGACACUAUUAUCAAAGGCACCCUCCCAUGUUAUAUAAUUCAGAAGGUGUUCUAGUUUUUAGAAUUACAGAAAACUCCUCUAUCUUGAGGUAGCGCUAAUUUGAACAAGUCCCGUCAUCCGAAUUGCCGAGAACGUUUAUCGUUAAUACUGGUUCGGAAAGCCUCGCUGCCCUCUUCAAAUUUCUUUCAACCUUCGAUGCUUCCCACCUCCACGAGCACAGCUGUUCUCAAAUCUCUCCUCCACAACCCCUCCUCCAUCCGAAAAAAAUCCCACGCCCAGCAACUCCAUGCCCAGCUCCUCAAAUGCUGCCCCGCGGCCGCCGCCGCCGCCAUCAUCCCCAUCUACUCCGCCCUCGGCCUCCUCCACGAAGCCCUCCACGCCUUCACCUCCCUCCCCUCCCGUCCCCCACUCGCCUGGAAAUCCGUCAUCCGCUGCUCCGCCUCCCACGGCCUCUUCCACCGUUCCGUCUCUCUGUUCGUCCAAAUGCGGGCCUCCGGGACUCCCCCGGACGGAGACGUCCUCCCUUCCGUCCUCAAGUCCUGCGCCGCCCUCAGAGACUCGAAGCUCGGGGAAUCAAUUCAUGGUUACGUGGUCCGUUCGGGCUCAGGUUCCGACCUCUUCACCGCCAACGCCCUCAUGAACAUGUACUGCAAGUUGGUCGAUUCGAAUAAUGGCGCGGUUUCGUACACCCGGAUGUCAAGCAGAGAUUUUGAUGGCAGGAAUUCGAGAAAGUUUGGAUCUUUCGCUGAUUCUUUUCACUUGGAAUGCAAACCUGCGAAGAAUGAUGCAGAUUUUGAUCGGGUGGCCUCGAUCGAGAAAGUGAGGAAGGUGUUUGAUGAGAUGACUGAACGAGAUGUGGUGUCAUGGAACACGUUGAUUGCAGGUUGUGCUGAGAAUGGAAUGUACGGGGAUGCUCUUGAGAUGGUUAGGGAGAUGGGACUAGAUGCUUUGAAGCCCGACUCCUUCACUCUAUCCAGCGUGCUUCCUAUUUUUGCUGAGUUCGUGGAUGUGCGCAAGGGGAUGGAGAUCCAUGGUUUUGCAAUAAGACACAUGUUUGAUUCAGAUGUAUUCAUUGGGAGUAGCUUGAUUCAUAUGUAUGCAAAGUGCACCAGAGUGGAAUAUUCACGUCGGGUUUUUGAUCUUUUACCAAAACCUGAUGCCAUCUCGUGGAAUUCUAUAAUUGCAGGGUCCGUGCAGAAUGGCAUGUUUGAUGAGGGCCUAAGAUUGUUUCGUCAGAUGCUGCAUGCCAAAGUAAAGCCUAUGCCAGUCGCAUUUUCGAGCAUCAUGCCGGCUUGCUCUCACUUAACGACAUUGCAUCUUGGGAAGCAGCUCCAUGGGUAUGUGAUCCGAGGUGGGUUUGAUAGCAACGUGUUCAUAGCAAGUUCUCUCGUUGACAUGUAUGCCAAGUGUGGUAAUAUUCGUGUUGCCCGGCAGGUCUUUGAGGGGAUGCAGUCACCUGAUAUGGUGUCAUGGACAGCCAUGAUCAUGGGGCAUGCCUUGCAUGGGCCAGCAGAAGAAGCUCUUGCUUUGUUCCAGCGGAUGGAGGAGGAGAAUGGGAAGCCAAACUAUGUUGCCUUCGUGGCAAUUCUAACAGCAUGUAGCCAUGCUGGAUUGGUAGAUGAGGCCUGGAAGUAUUUCAAUAGUAUGUCUAAGGACUAUGGGAUCAUUCCCUGUUUGGAGCAUUAUGCGGCUGUUGCUGACCUUCUUGGCCGAGCAGGCAAGUUAGAGGAGGCAUAUGACUUCAUUUCCACCAUGCACGUAAAACCAACUGCUAGUGUUUGGUCCACAUUGUUGGGUGCUUGCAGGGUCCAUAAAAAUAUUAAAUUGGCUGAGAAAGUAGCUGAGAAAAUAUUUGAGCUUGAACCCAAGAACAUGGGAGCUCAUGUUCUCAUGUCAAAUAUUUAUUCAGCUGCUGGUAAGUGGAAAGAAGCAGCAAAGUUAAGGAUGGCUAUGAAGGACAAAGGGAUGAGGAAGCAACCAGCUUGUAGCUGGGUUGAAAUAAAAAACAAGGUACAUGCAUUUGUGGCACAUGAUAAAUCCCAUCCAUUUUAUGAUAAGAUAAGCGAAGCUCUGGAAGUUUUUUCAGAGCAGAUGGAACGGGAAGGAUAUGUACCCAACACGGAGGAUGUGCUCCAUGACAUAGAAGAAGAGCAGAAGAGAUAUGCAUUAUGUGGUCAUAGCGAGAGGCUUGCAAUUGCAUUUGGCAUCAUAAGUACUCCUCCUGGAACUACCAUUCGAGUGACAAAGAACCUUCGAGUAUGUGUAGAUUGUCACACUGCUACAAAGUUUAUAUCAAAGAUUGUUGGGAGGGAGAUAGUUGUGAGAGAUGUGAACCGCUUCCACCACUUCAAGGAUGGGAUGUGUUCAUGUGGCGAUUAUUGGUAAGAUUCAAGGGGAAAAAGAAAGUCCAGAUUCAACCUGAGGUUGCUCUGAGCAGCAAGUUGGUGUUGUGCUACAAGGUGAACAAUCUUUGAGCUAUUCAUCAAAUUUCCACAUUUCAUCACUUCAUGAAUAGUCAGUGGAUGGUCAAGCUUUGCUUCAAAGGAAGACACUCCCUUUCGAAGGUUCUUCUUCCAUUUCUUAAUGUCUUUCCUUUUUUUGUUCUGAAAAAACAAGGGCAGACUGGAAACUAGAACAGCGACUUGUUUCUGAGCUUUCACCAAUCAGAUUGCUAGAGAAUUAUCUGUUCAAAAUGCUUAAAUAUAUUCAUCGAGAAUCAGCAAAGGGUGGUAUUUUCUAUUUUACAACAUGGCCCUUGUGCUAAACCUCAGGGACCUGAUUGGCUUUUUAUCAGUGAUCAAUUUUCUGCGUGAUCAGCUAACUGCAAGCAGUUGAGCUCUGAAAUUUCCAUUUUAGUUCCUGAGCUUACGCCAUCUAGAUAUCUACUCCCAUCAGAUUUGUGGGAACAGUAAGUGUUGAAGCUCAUACCUUUUUUCUUGGUAUAUUCAAUUAAUUCUCGCUAUAACCAUAUCUCUAACCAUUAAGCCAACCCCUUCCCUAACAGCAUGCACAAGCAUCUGGGACUUUUCAUUUUACGAACUGUCUAUGGUAUUGAAGAAAAGAAAUACCUCUAAUGAAAAAGAAAACUAUAGAAGACUGUUCUUUCCCUUUUUCUCUGGCCUUAGAUCUAAUGACGUGAGUGUUUAAUGUGCAACUGAAUUAGCAGUGGCUUUCGUUGAGAUUGCAGAAGACGUCGUCAAGUUAUCCCAUAUUUUGCAUUUUCACUAAUACUCAUUGUAAGUUUCACUCUAGCACUCUUAGUUCGUGAAUGGGUCUUUGUUAUUAGUGCAAUUAAACUGCUUACGUUUCCAAGCUUUGUUUUCGUCAGAGUUUGGUUGAGCCACAGGCUUCUAGGUAUGUCUUGCCGUGACCACAGUUUGUAUUGGAGCAAUUCCAAAUGGGGAGGAGAAAUGUUCAGCUUAAUUACGAGCAUUUAAUUGUAACAAAGCUUCCCGAUAAAAAACAUCAUGACCAUGAGAGAGCUUGUAUUGGAAGAAAGCAGCAGCAAAAGUGACAAAGCUGAAUCCUUCUCAACCAGUUUAUCAACUACUGUCAUCCUCCCAGCAUGGAGAGUUGUGAUUGUUCUGAGUUUAUUCAAUUUCAUAGGCAAGUUCAUGUAUCAUAUGAUCAUGUUUUCUUAUGUAUGAAAUUGUUUGGCAAGUGAAAUACAUUUGAUACCAUUUCUGUGGGCUAUCUGAUUUCUUAAUCUACAGUUCCAUUCAUAUCAUUAAUAAAAGCAGUCCAGUUGUGUAA